AUGAGUGAUUUGCCCCAUGCCAGAACCAAGAUCAUGCCAGCUGCAGUCAUUGAGUUACAGUACACAGAUGACACCUGUGAUUUGGAACACUCACGCCUGCGUGCCCCAAUUCGUCCAUCGCGUUAUAUUCAAUCUACGGUACGGGAACAUGUUGUAGCAGAACGACAUGCAGGCAGCUCAAAGCGCUGGUUAAAUGUCUUCAACCCUGCCUCCGCAAAUUAUUCCACCGGCAAAGAAAGGCGAUGUCCCGAUCAUCAAAUGUCUGAUCGUGCUCAAGCAGCUAUGAUAGAUUCUGGGUGCAGCGAACUCGAGCACAGGAAAAGAAGAAGAGCCCCCGAUUUCAAAGUAAAAUUGCGUGAAAGCAACAUCCUGGUGAACCUCUUCUCCCAUCUUGAAGGCUUCCACACCCUUCUUGUGAUGUGGCAAACAGAACUGAAUACUACACUCCAAAUGUGGCCUAAUCAAAGUUUUGUACAGCUGCAACAUGACUUCUCAGCUUUUAUACUCAGCACCCUGACCGAUGAAGGAAGAAGAAAACAGCAACAACAGGAUAAAGCAAAUGAUUGUAUUGGCAAGUUACCCGAUUUAAAAGAUGUUGAAGCUGUACAGAAAUUCUUUCUCGAAGAGGUCCAGUUGGGAGAAGAAUUGUUGGCAAGAGGUGACUAUGAGAAAGGAGUUGAUCACUUAAGUAAUGCGGUGUCGGUAUGUGGUCAGCCGCAGCAACUAUUGCAGGUUCUCCAGCAAACACUACCACACCAAGUGUUCCAAAUGCUUAUCCAAAGAUUGCCAGCUGUUAGACAGCGUUUUCUUGCAGGAAUGAAUGCACAGAGUUUUGUGGAUGAUGAUGUUGAAUAAAAUGUUUACACUUUCUUCGGCUCCAACAAAGUUUAUUCCAUCAAUUGUGAACUCUAACUUCAGUGAUUUAAUGUUGAAUCAAGUUUACAAACUAAUUCAAAGUUGUACCAUUCACUUUCAAAAUAAAACAGAAGCCUUGGUCCAUCAA